AGUUGUGCGCCGUACACGGGGUUUCGCGAUUUCGUCGGUCACGGAGAUUUAUGACAUCCGCCGAGACAGCAUAUCACGCUAUAUAAUUCUAUCUGAUCGUACGCGACAAAUCGUACAACGCUCAACCGACAAUAUUACUGCACAGAAUCGUAAAAGUACGAAUUCCUCUGUACGCGUGUAACGCGCGAAACAUUCAAACGGAAACCGUCCCAGUUUUAGCAGUUUGUCGUUACCUUCACGCGGUAAACGCGUUCCUACGUUCAGACCGGACGACGCUCGGCGGCAGUAGCAGUUAGUAGCAGCUGCUGCAGCUGCAGCUGGCCCUGGUGGUCGGGCGGCGGUGAUAACKCGGCGGCGGCGACGACGACGGCGAUCACAACAAUACGACAUGAAUCAGUUGUUGUGCAUUGGUGACCCGAGUCAGAACGUCAUGGCCGAGAGCAAGGGAUCCCUUAUCGCCAAAUCCGUGUCUAAGCACGCCGGAAGGGCCAAAGAAAAGUUUCUUCAAAACUUGGGGAAAGUUGACCGGACUGAAGAUGAAAUUUUUAACGAGCACUUACAAAAUUUUUCAAAGCAGCAAAAUGCGGCGAACAAAUUACAAAAAGAAUUCAACAACUAUAUUCGAUGUGUCAGAGCUGUGCAAGUAGCGAGUAAAAGUCUGAUGGACACGUUGAAUGAGAUGUACGAAAGCCAAUGGGUUGGACACGAUCACAUGUGUACUGAUUCGAACAAUUUGGACAUGCUGUGGAGCGAUUACACUCAUAAGUUGGCUGAUCAAGUGCUUAUACCGUUGAACACGUACCAAGCCCAAUUCGCCGAAACGCGGAAAAAAAUCGAUAAACGAAACCGAAAACUGGUCGACUACGAUAGCCAGAGGCACAGUAACCAAUUGGUUAAUAACAACAGUGUUGCGGGCGGAGCUGGCAAGAAAAAAGACGAAGCGAAAAUUAUGAAAGCCAAAGAACAGUUCGACGAAGUCAAGCGAAAAUUCGACCUCAUCAACACAGAGCUGCACGACGAAUUGCCUGCAUUGUACAAUUCUAGGGUAUUGUUUUUGAUCACAAACCUGCAGCCAUACUUCGCUGCCGAACAAUUAUUUCACAGCGAAUCGUCUAAGGUAUUCUCCGAAAUGGAAUCGAUCGUCGACAAAUUGGCCACGGAUUAUCAACACCAGUCCAAGAUGCUGAACUACUUCUUAGGGAACAAAACUCCCUCAAAUAACGUCGCCAACAAUAUUCAAUCUGCAUCACAGUCGCCGGCGUCUCCGAUAUCUAUGAAUGAAGAAGACGUUGCGAAAUCCCCGCCCUCGUCACCCGCAUCCCCUCAAAACAACACGGCAUUCGUAAGUAAUAGUAAACCACCGUCAUCGCAGCCGGACAGCAGCAUCAACGAAGUUUCGUCAGUGGCAUUGAAAACACUGUUAGAAGAUGAAUCAACGCCGUUGUCUUCGUCGUCACCGCCAUCGCAGCAAGUGCAGCAACCUUUGGUUAACGGCAAGAGUAGCUCAUCACCGGUAAACGGCGUCGCACCGGUUAGACACGAAAACGGCACAAACAAAAUUGAAAUCGACAUACCGCCAGGAGCAACUACCGACAACUUGCCUCCGGGAGUGCUGUACAGAGUGGUGGCGACUUACAAGUACGACGCUGAAGACACGGACGAGCUGUCGUUCGAAAAGGGUGAGAUCAUCAGCGUAGUACCCUAUGAUGAUCCAGAAACUCAGGAAGAGGGCUGGUUGAUUGGUAUUAAAGACAACACAGGAGAGAAGAAAUUGUUCCCUGCCAAUUUCACUAGACCUUUGUGAGUGCCACACUGUCGUAAGCGCAAGAAGAUAACGACAAGACCUAGAAUCCUGAAGUAUAGUUUUUGGAUGUUUGUGGUUCUAUUUUAUGUUUUUAUGUUUUUGUAUAUAUAUACAAAUGAGAUUUGAAGUCGGUUUUUGCCCGAUAGACACGAAACGCGCUGCAACGACUAGUUCUUAUGACAAAAUUAUUUUAUAAACUAAAUACACCGCCCUUAAGUUUUUGAAUAUUUAUUUUUUUUAUGCUCCGUGAACGUCAAGUUUAGAAAACAUUAUCAACAAUUAUCUGUGCUGAUAAUAAUAUGAAUUUGACUGAUUGAGAAAUCGUUACGAAUUUAAUAGGUUCAUUUUUAAAUUGUAUUGUUAGUGUGAUUAUAUUGAACCUUGAAAAAAUACUCAUUAAUUAAUUAAUGUGUAACAAGUGCCUUUAAAUUUUUAUACUAAAUAAUGUUUACACCUAUAUGAGGUAAUAAAUUUGUUUUUUGUGCCAUUUUAAAGCAUAAUAAAGCUACUAUUUGGCUACUAUAUUUAAUCUUACUCCUACAAUUAUUCAGAUAUGGUACCUUUUACCUUAAAUGUAUAAUCAUAUAAUAACUACAUUUUGCUCGUAUUAUGUGUUUACUACUUUUAUUUUGUAUGUGUUGUUAUAUUGUUGUAUUUGUGUGUUAAAUGUUUUUUUUUACUUUUAGUGAGUGAUUUGUAAAGGUUCAAUCAUUUUAGUUUACAUUAAAAAUAUUUACCCCGUCCCUUAUACCCGCUCUGAUAGUCAAUAAAAUGUAAAUAAUUUUAGUAUAGUAAAUUAUUAUUKUCUAAGUAAUAUCUGUAUUUUUUAUUAUAUAAAUUA